AUGGAAGAGAGAGAUAAUACCGACACCGAUUAUGAUGUCUCCACUCAAGACACCGAGUUAGACUCAGAUACAUUGGCAAAUGACAACUCUAUUCAUGCACCAAGUUCCAGUAAAACUGAACAUCUUGAGGCUGAAAACAAGAAGCACUCUUCUGAAACGAUUAAUAAGCACAAGACAGCUAUAAAAAGAAAACUGGAUAGUGGUUCUUGCAAUGAAGAAAAGCUAAAGAUUGAGCGACAAAAAGUACAAUAUUUGCAGGAAAAGGCAAAUAGAAGAUCACGCGAAGUGGAAAAAGAUGACAACAGCAGUUUUUUCAAAAGUUUGCUGCCCCACGUUCGUAAAAUUCCACCAAACAAAAUAUUGUCAUUCCGGGGGCGGAUCCAGCAAAUGGUAGACGAAUAUGCAUAUGGACAUGGACCUAUGUACCAUGGACCUUAUGUAACCACUCCACAGAUUUCCCCUUAUUCUGGUAUCGCCGAGGGUAGCGCAUAUUCUUCGUCCUCAUCCUCACUGUACUCUGCCUCAGCCCCUUCAACAUAUGGACAUGUACUUUAUAACACAACAACUCAAGAAAAUACAUCAUUGGCAGAACCAGAGUCCCCACAAGACCUGCUAAGUAUUUAG